AUGGCAACAAUACUGCGGUCGCAAACACCUGUACAGGACCCAUUUGGUCCUGCAUCACAGCCCCAUGCUUCUCUGAUGUCGAGUCGGGGCUAUGGAGGACGAUCAGGCUCCCGCCCUAACUCGAUCGCCGCUCCUGGUUCCAAUUAUAAUGUUGCUUCAGGUGCUGUCAAUCCAUCACCCCUCAAUCACUACGGGCGAUUUCAUGAAGAGUUGGAUGCAAUGAGUAUGCGUGGUUCUACAGCCGAGGGGCCUUCAGGAAUACAACGGUCACAGUCUCAGAUGUCACAUUCCCGAUCCGCAACACCAACCCGAUCCGGCACUUUGAAGAAAAAGUCGUCCUUAAGUAAAAGAGGCAGCCUGCGUCGCAGUGGAAGCCGACGCAGUAUGCGUGCUGGAAGUGUGAGAAGCCUGGCCCUAGGUGACAGAGAGAAAUAUAACGUGGAUGGGGACGAAGAUAUGAACAGCGCCUUCUACAUUCCCGUUCCGACCACUGGAAAUCCGACAGAGGUCCUGGCAGAGCGAUUCCAGGCUUGGCGCAAGGUUCUUAAGGAUCUGAUUAUGUUUUUCAAAGAGCUCCAAAAGUCCUAUGAAGCACGGGCGAAGCUGUAUCUCUCCUCGACAAAUAUCCUGAACAAUACGUCGCUUCCAUCAACAUUCCUCAAAUCAGGCGGACUUGGAGAUGCGACUGAAAUUCUAACAGACUUCCACCGGCAAGCACACCUCGAAAUGAACAAAGCGGCAGAGGUGGAGAAUGAAGUUGUCAACCAGCUAAUAGGGCUUCGAAAUGAUCUGCAAAAGAAAACCAAAGAGAUCAAGGGGCUUUCGGGCGAUUUCCGCAACUCUGUCGAUAAGGAAGUCGACGUCACUCGGAAGUCUGUCCGACAUCUUCAGGAGGCAUUAGGGCUAGUGGACACAGACCCUGGUGCCACAUCAGGCAAGGGCGAUCCGUUCAUAGUCCGCCUGAGCGUUGAGAAGCAGAUUGAAAAGCAAAUUGAGGAGGAAAACUACCUUCAUCGAGCGUACUUGAAUCUUGAGAACUCUGGCCGCGAGCUUGAGUCCAUUGUGGUUGGCGAGAUCCAGAAGGCUUACAACGCUUAUGCUGGUAUUCUGAAGCGCGAGGCGGAUCAUACGCUCGACACUGCUGACAAAAUGCGCGUGGGGCCGGUCUCUAUGCCACACGACCACGAAUGGAACACGUUUGUCGCAAACACUGAUGAAAUGGUGGACCCCCGCGUUCGUAUUCGAGAUGUUGACAAUAUCUCGUAUCCUGGCAAGGAGCACCCGGCCGCCGCUGAGGUUAGGUCGGGGAUGCUGGAGCGUAAGAGCAAAUAUCUCAAGAGCUACGCUCCUGGAUGGUAUGUUUUGUCACCGACUCAUCUGCAUGAGUUCAAGUCGGCGGACGGCGUCGCGUGGCAGACGCCAGUGAUGUCAUUAUACCUUCCGGAACAGAAGCUCGGCUCUCAUUCGCAGCCGGACUCGACGUCGCACAAGUUCAUGCUGAAGGGACGACAGACGGGAACCAUGCACCGCGGCCAUUCGUGGGUGUUUAGGGCAGAGUCUUACGAGACAAUGAUGGCAUGGUACGAGGAUAUUGAGAGGCUGAUCUCCAUGACAGGAGAGGCUCGGAAUGCGUACGUUAGGCAACAUGUACGUACCGUCAGCGGAGCCAGCUUUCGGAGCAGCAGUGAUGGAGUAAUGGAUGAAGAUGAAGCAGACCGAACCCCAUACUCUGCCGGAUCAGUCGUGAUGAACCAAGAGCGCCCAACUUCUCAGCCCCGCGAGCCCGGUGGGAAGUUCCCUAGCGAUGUGAAUAUCGAUCGUCAUCUGCACGCCCCGAUGUCCCCUUCAAGCGGGGAGAGCUCUGGAGAGAGAGAUGUGCUAGCUGCUGCAGGUUCGCUACCUGAUGGUGGACACUUUACUGGCAGAGGCGACCGCUUCUACAAUGACCGAGAUUUUGAUUCAAUUCAAAAUUCGAACCAGAGUAGGACCGCAAGCAGUGCGGGGGCGGCCCAGCGGUUCCCCAUAGACGGCUACGACAAUGAGCAGGGAAACUGGAUGUCUUCAACCAACUCUUUCAAUCACCACGGCCAACAACCGCCCACUACCAUUGAAAAUCGUGUCAAUAAUGAAUACUCUCAAGAACAAUCCACAAACCCAAUAUAUGUUGCCGGACUCAGUUCAACUGCGACACGGGAUCACGUCUCGUCACCUCGCCAGCGAAACCGCGGUGAAAGCUCAUCAACGGCAUUUACAAACUCAAACGUGACCGAGCACACACACAAUACGGCGACUACUGUCCCAACAUCCGUUGAAGAAGAGUCAGAUGACGAUGCCGAAUUCAAGAAGAGGCCCCGCUCACUCCGCUCUGGCGUGUCAUCGCUCCACGACAGCAUGCGCAACUCAAUCGAAGUUCCCAAGAGACCUGCUGCACACACCAAGAACAGCAUUUCCACCAUCGAAUUGCACAUUCCUGGGCAUUACCCUCCUCAACAAACUGCAGUUUAA